AUGUGUGGAAGCUGCGCCGCAGAGCGGAUCUCUCUCUCGGCUGAAGACCGUGUCCGGGCUGCAGCUCGUGUCUCUGCUCUUUAACUCUCUCACAUCGAGCAUCAUGGAGGAAUUAAGUAGUUGACGUUUCCUUUCYCUUCCUAAGCUUUCUUCCCGUCCGAUCAUCGCGCUCUUUACCCGGUUUUAGUGACGUUUUGAACUCUUCGACGACCCGUAACCAUGAAGUACAUCAUCGGAAUUGGCGGAGUUACCAACGGAGGAAAGACCACCCUGACCAACAGGCUGAUCAAGACCCUGCCCAACUGCUGCGUGGUCCACCAGGAUGACUUCUUCAAGCCCCAAGAUCAGAUUGAAGUUGGUGAAGAUGGCUUUAAGCAGUAUGAUGUCAUCACUUCUCUGGACAUGGACGCCAUGAUGAGCACCAUCCAUGCGUGGCUGGACAACCCGGUGAAGUUCGAGAAGUCUCACGGCGUUAACAACACCCUGGAUACUGAAAUCAUCCCCAAGUCUGACACCCAGAGGGAGGAGGAGGAGGACACCCACAUCCUGAUUGUGGAGGGCUUCCUGCUUUACACCUACGAGCCUUUGAUCGACGUGCUGAACCAACGCUACUUUAUUUCCAUCCCGUACGAAGAAUGCAAAAACAGGAGGAGAUCCAGAAACUACACAUUUCCUGACCCCCCCGGGCUGUUUGACGGCCACGUCUGGCCCAUGUACCUGAAACACAAGAACAUCAUGGAGGACUCAGGUGUUGAUGUUGUGCAGCUAGAUGGAACCAUGUCAAAGGAGCAGCUCUUCAACUUUGUGUUUGGUGACGUCAUGAACCUGAUGCAGAAAUGUCUCUAACAAAGGUCAUCUGAUCGGCUCCAGAAAACAUUCACUCCGUCUGCAACCAGAAGACCAACUUGCCUUAACUUCCUGCGUGGCGGCUGACCUGGGCGGCCAUGUUUUUAUUUUUAUGUUUAACAGCUUCAGACGCUGCAGUGAUUUUUAUAUCAUAUUUAUUAUUUGUCACAGAGGAAAUGUUAGCAUGGUUGCAUUAUGUCAAUAAAUGAUCCUUCUGCCA